AUGUGGGGCUGGUUCGGCGGCGGCAGUUCGGCGCAGAACCGCAAAGACUCGCCCAAGAAUGCGAUCCUGGGGCUGCGGUCCCAGCUUGAUAUGCUACAGAAGCGGCAGACGCACCUGGAGAAUCAGAUCGCGGACCAAGACGCGAUGGCCCGCAAGCACGUGGCGGCCAACAACACAAGCGCGGCCAAGGCGGCUCUGAGACGGAAAAAGGCGCACGAGCGCUCGCUGGAACAGACGGAGGCGCAGAUCGGCACGCUGGAGCAGCAGAUCAACGCGAUCGAGUCGGCCAACAUCAACCGCAGCACGCUGCAGGCGAUGGAGAACGCGAGCGCGGCGAUGAAGAACAUCCACGGCAAGCUGACGCCUGAGAAGGUGGACGAGACCAUGGACAAAAUUCGGGAGCAAAACGAACUCAGCGACGAGAUCGUCAACGCUCUCACGUCAUCGAGCCUCAACAACGCGGUGGACGAGCAGGACCUGGAGGACGAGCUGGACCAGCUGCAGCAGGAGCAGCUGGACGAGGCGAUGCUCAAGACGGGCACGGUGCCUGUGCUGGCGUCACCGCCAAGCCAAGAUCCCGUUUCGAACAGACCGCAGGCCGCCCAAAAGGUGGACGACGAGGAAGAGGAGCUGCGCAAGCUGCAGGCGGAGAUGGCCAUGUAA